ACUCUUAAUUUCAUCAAAUUCUGAAACGCGAAACGUGUCGGGUCUGUACUAUUCAACGAGUAGAAUAUUCGUCACCAAAUUGAAACGGAAGGCCUCUUCAGUCCAAACUCAUUUCUCCAUCUCCUCCGCUGUUACUUCUAUUAGCAUUAGGGAAUUUUGAUAAGAAAAUUCGCAAAAGUAAAAACAAAAAAGUUAGGUAUUUUCAUCUUUAGAUAUUUCUAAUUCACACGUAGUUUUCUUUCAUUCAUUCUAUUAGAGCCCAUAUUCUCUGCUAAAUCAUCUCCCUCAUUCUCGCACAUUAAGAACUGUCUCAGUUCUCUCUCUCUGAAUUUUUCAAACCCAAGAUUUCGCUAGCUACAAGUGGAGUUUCCACUUUCCCAAUGAAUUUCGAUUGAGAAAUUCUAUGGCCUUUCCUCCUUCCUAACUUUGCUUAGGAUUGAGGUUUAAAAAAAAAGGCCUUAGAGGUUGAUUGAACUGAUGGUUACUAGAAACUUUCUUGUGCUCAAGAGUAUUUUAAACAGGGUUAUGUACGAAAACAUGCUUGUGAUUAUAGGCUCUAUAUGGGUUUUCGUUUGGGGUUAUAUAUUUUAUGCUUUUGGCUUUACUUGUAAAGUUAUAUUCAGACUACUGGUUGAUAAUCAGACAAGUAAGAUUACUGAUAUUGAUGAAUUCAGAGAAAAAGAGGGUGACUUUCAUCGUGCUCAUAAUGACGAAAACAAAGAAGAGAGUAAAGACUCUUCUCAUGUUAUGGUGGAGGAUGCUGCCUUAGCUGCAAGCACUAACAAGUACGAGGUUUUUUCCGGGAAAUUUAUGAAUGGUUUCCUAGAAGAACCAAAACCCAUGAGCUUCAUCAAACAAGAGUUAAACGUGGGCCCAAACGAGUUUUCUAUUCCUGAAACUCAAAUCCUUGAAUCCCAAAUCACUUCCGGCCCAGAUAUUCCUGGAAAAUUUUCAGGAGCUGAAGCUGCUGAUUUUGAAGAAGUAAACGACGUCAUCGAUACCUUUUGUGACGAAGAUGUUUUAGAGAAACGACAAGAGGAUGAGGUUUCUGACUUGGGAGAGAUCCCAGUUUCGGAAAUUUCUAGUAACGAAGAAGACUUCUUCCAAGACCCAGAACAGGGGAAUUUACAAGAAACAGAGCUUUCUACUGAUACGCCCAAUUUUUAUGAAAAUAGCUUUAAUUUUUCAAAUGGCGUGGAAUCAUUUUCUGAAAAUUUUGCUUCAACUUCUGAUGAGGAUACAGUACCUAAUAUUUUAUGUGAUGUGUCACCGAGAAAAGAUCAAGAUGUUGAUUCCAUCACCUAUGAAUUUUCUCGAGAAAGUGACAGAGAAGAUGUUAAUGAAGGUUUGAGCCUUGAAACUGAAACCCCUCCUCCGGUCAUUGUAGAGGAGAAAAUUCCUGAAGUUUUGCUACCAAUACGAGAAGAAAUGGCUGUUCCAGCUGAACAGCAUAAUGAUACUGAGGACGAAUACAUAGAAUUAGAACUCCAUCAAACGCAGAGCACAACAACUUACACGGACACAAAAUAUAUGACUAACCCUGACAAAAUGAAGCUUCAAGAGGAAGAUGAAAAAAAAGACGGUGAAGGCGAGUCGGAGUUUGUCUGGGAACAUGAAGACGUAAUAGAACAACUUAAAUGGGAGAUCAAAAAUGCCAGAACAGGAGGACUGCCAACCAUUUUAGAAGAAGAAUCGGAUUCAGAAUCUCCAAAGAAGGAAGAAAGUAUCAAUUUCAAGCCUCUGAAGAUCGAUUUGAAGUGUGGUUACAAAGACCGAAUGGAAGAAAUCCAAAAUGUCUAUAAAAUUUAUGCUGGGAAGACGAGAAAAUUGGACAUAUUGAAUGACCAAACCAUGCAUGCACUCGGUUUUUUGCUGCUGAAAGACCAAAGAGUGAUAAUAAAAUCUAGGGGUUCGGUUAAUCCAAUAGUAAAGAGCUUGUUAACACGUAAAACACAAAGAUCAACAGUCGUAGCCGCCGAACCAAUACAACAACACGCUGGAGCAUUACAUAAGGACUUCGAAUUGGUCUAUGUCGGACAGGUUUGUCUAUCGUGGGAGAUACUCCAUUGGCAGCAAACGAAAGUACAAGAGUUGCUGCAAUACGACGACGUCCACGGCUCUCGUUCGUUUAAUCUUGUGGCCUCUGAGUUUCAGCUCUUUCAAGUGCUUCUUCAAAGGUUCAUAGAGGACGAGUCGUUUCGAGGACCCAGAAUAGAUAACUACGUCAAGAAUCGUUGUGUUAUUAGAAACCUUCUUCAUGUUCCCGCCAUAAGAGAUGAUUGUAUGAAGGAUAAGCUGUACGGAAUGGAAGGGAAUGGGGAUUCAAUCCUCUUGGAAAACAUGGCGAAUGUACUCGUAGAAGCGAUGUUUACGUUCUGGGACUUUCUUAGGAAAGAUACCAAGACCAACAUUAACCAAAGAGUAAGUCAGAAAACGGAGACUGACCCAGCUGACUCUAAACUCUUGAUAGGCAUCCGGAAAGACUUGUAUAAGAAGGAUAGAAAGGUCAAAGAUGUACAGAGGAGUGGGAAUUGUGUUGUUAAGAAGUUCCAAAAGCACCAAGAGCAAAAGGGUCGGCUUGAACAAGUAUUGUUUCAUGCACAAGUUGAGUUGAGAUUGAUAGCUAGAGUGCUAAACAUGUCGAGAUUAACUAGAGAUCAGUUAAUUUGGUGUCAGCGUAAACUAAACCAAAUUAGUUUCUUUCAAAGAAAGGUGCUAUGUGGUGCAGGUAAAGGCAAGGGUAAGACGAGCUGACCAUGGGUUGGAGAGCUCUGGGGUCGAGGUGUACAUUGUCGGCUACUCGGCCACCACGGUCGAGGGAUUGUGUAGGAACGAGAACCUAAAACAUGUAUUUUUCCAUUAGAGUGGCUUGGUUGUUUAUAAAGGUUGGAAAUUCUGUAAUUACGUUAUUUAAACCCUGAUUUGGGAUCCCGUGUACCAAACACUUAUUUUAAUGAAAAUUACUUGUUUACAACCAAAA